AUCAUAAUAACAAUACAUCAAUCAAUUCAAAAAAAUGUCUUUAUUACGAAAAAUUAUUGUGGAAAAAUUACCAAUAUUACCAAAUGAAUAUCGACGAUAUCGUUUAUUAUCACAAGCUGGUCAAGAUUUACAAUAUGUUUUGGAUCAAAUGGAUAAUCAAUUAUCCAAACAAAUUAAAUAUUAUCCUAAAGAAGAUAUAUUAUAUGAUAAAUAUCAACAUGCAAUAUAUGAAUUAUUUAAUGCUGAAAUAAAUAUCUAUUGUAAAAUAAAUAAAUUAAUUCAUAUAUAUCAACGACCAAUGUUAACGUAUCGUAUAAUUUCACCUGAAGAAUCGAUAAUCAUUUUUUCCGAUUUGCAACGUUUAGCUGAAAUUCAUUCAAAUUUUAUUAAAAAUCUUGCCAUGCUUCAGAAAAACGGUUUAUUUGAAUGUCCAGCAAAUGCUAUGUUUGAAUUUACUAAAUCAUUAUAUUAUUAUCAAAUUUAUUGUUCAAAUUUAAUUCAAUCUAGAAAAAUUUUGCAUAAAAAAAUGCAACAAAAACAAUUUGUUAAUUUUUUACAAUCCGAAAGAAUACGAAAAUACGGUGAAAAACUGGAUUUAGCAUCACAUCUAGAUCAACCACGACGACAUCUAAUGAAAUAUCCAUUAAUAUUGGCUGAAAUUUGUCGCCGAACUGUUGAUCAACAAGAAAUUGAUAAAUUGAAUAAACUUAAUCAUCAUAUAACAACAUUCAUCAGUCAAAUCGAUGCACAAAUCGAUGAAAAUAAAUUUCAUGAUUUGAUCAACAAGUUUUCAAUUCGUAACAAAAAUUCUAUCAAUAUCAAGAACAAGAUAAUUUCCACUUGUACACGAUUAAUAUUAUUAUCAUCUGUUCAUUGUUGGCCAAAAAAAUGGCCAAAAAAUUGUCUCAUUCUUUUUGAUCGAUUACUUAUAUUGGUUCGUUGUUCACCUUUGGGUAAUAAAUUUCUUAUUCGUUCUGAAAUCGAAAUUGGCAAUGAUCUGCAUUAUCAUCAUAAAAUGAAAAAUUCUAAUCAUAAAAAUUUUAAUAAUUCAACAAAACGUCAUUCAAAAUGGCUACGAUUAUAUUCAACAAAUGAAUCAAUCAAUUUUGAUAUAACAAUCAAAUUCAAACAACAAGAUGAUCGUAUCGUUUGGUUACGAUAUUUAGCAACUUUAUUCAAUUUAAUAGCUAGAUGA